AUGCGGCGGGGCUGGCGAGUGAGGCUCCCCCGAGGAGGAGGGGCAGCGGCCCUCUUGGUGGGGCUCGGGGCGCUGGGCUUGCUGUUGCUGUGGCAACGCGGCCCGCCGGACUCCGAGCCCGGCCAAGGAGUGGGAGCGGAGCUGCCUUCGCUGCCCCCCGAACUAGCCCAGCGGCAGCUCCGCAGACCCGUCUAUGACAAGCCGCCCUUGGGCAGGGAGACGGAGCUGGGCGAACUGGGCCGGCCCGCGCGGCUGGAGUUGAGCAAGGCCGAGCAACGCCGCCAAGAGGAGAGCAUCCGGCUGCACCAGAUCAACAUCUACCUGAGCGACCGCAUCUCUCUCCACCGCCGGCUGCCCGAGCGUCGCCACCCGCAAUGUAGAGAGAAGAAAUAUGAUUAUUACAACUUGCCAAAGACUUCGGUUGUAAUAGCUUUUUAUAAUGAGGCAUGGUCAACGCUUCUGAGAACAGUUCAUAGCGUUCUUGAAACAUCUCCUGACAUUCUUUUAGAAGAAGUCAUCCUCGUUGAUGAUUACAGUGAUAAAGAACACUUAAAGGAGGCUUUGGAAAACCAUGUGGCUAACUUGCGCAAGGUACGACUCAUCAGAGCAAAUAAGAGAGAAGGCCUGGUCCGAGCAAGACUGCUGGGAGCUUCUAUUGCAAAAGGAGAUGUUCUUACAUUUCUUGAUUGCCACUGUGAGUGUCAUGAAGAAUGGCUUGAACCAUUAUUGGAAAGAAUUAAAGAAGAACCAUCAGCUGUUGUCUGUCCUGUUAUCGAUGUGAUUGACUGGAACACUUUUGAAUAUAUGGGAAAUGCUGGAGAACCACAGAUUGGCGGUUUUGACUGGAGACUGGUCUUCACUUGGCACUUGGUGCCAGAGAGGGAGCAACAACGGAGGAGAUCCAAGACUGAUGUCAUCAGGUCUCCAACUAUGGCUGGUGGACUCUUUGCUGUCAGCAAGAAUUACUUUAGCUAUCUUGGUUCUUAUGAUACGGGAAUGGAAGUCUGGGGAGGGGAAAACCUUGAAUUUUCAUUUCGGAUUUGGCAGUGUGGAGGAAGUCUUGAGAUCCAUCCUUGUUCUCAUGUAGGACACAUAUUCCCGAAGCAAGCUCCCUACUCAAGAGCAAAGGCUUUGGCUAACUCUGUCCGUGCUGCAGAAGUGUGGAUGGAUUCAUACAAAGAGCUGUAUUACCACAGAAAUCCACAUGCACGCAUGGAGCCUUAUGGAGAUGUGACAGAAAGAAGGCUGCUUCGAGAGAAACUGAAAUGCAAGGAUUUCAAAUGGUACUUGGAGAAUAUUUACCCAGAACUCCAUGUCCCAGAGGAUAGGCCUGGUUUCUUUGGGAUGGUGAAGAACAGAGGGAUGGCAGAUUAUUGCUUUGAUUACAAUCCUCUCAGUGAGCAUGAAAUAACAGGACACACAGUCAUAUUAUAUCCAUGUCACGGCAUGGGACAAAAUCAGUUCUUUGAAUAUACCUCCCACAAUGAAAUACGUUACAAUGCACGGCAUCCUGAAAUUUGUGCAGCCGUUGAUCCAGGAACUGAUUAUGUGACAAUGUACUUUUGUCGAGACAAUAUCCAGGACAUACCAGAAAAUCAGAAAUUUAUUCUUAGAGAGGAUGAAACUUUAGUUCAUCUGCAGACACAGAAGUGCCUACAAGCUGAAUCUAAUGCCUACAAUGGCAAUCCAGCACCUUUAUUACGACCAUGUUCCAAUUCAGAAUACCAGAAAUGGUUUAUCAAAGAAAGGAGUUGAUAGAAAUCCCAUUUUGUAGCUGAUCAAGAUAGUCUUUGGAACUGAAGCAAGAAAAUCUCCAACAAUUUUUUUAUAUGCAAAAGAUCUAUAUUUCUUCUCCACCUUUU